AUGUCUAGAAAACAUUCUAUUCAUGCUUGCACUGGUUGUGCUAUGGUCAAAAGAAGAUGUAUUUUAAUGCCUUCUGAAAAAAAGUGUGUUCGAUGCCAAAAUCGUAAGGAAAUCUGCACUUUUAAAAUUCAGAAAAAACGGGGUCCAAAACGAAAGAAAGUUGAAUAUCCAUCCGUUGAUGAAAUAUUUUCUUUUAAUAUAAAUUAUAAAUUUCUACCGAAUGAAG